AUGACUGGACGGGACGGGCUUUCAGAUGGGCGCUCUAGGAGUAGAGCCCUGGCGCCAGGCUGUCCUCCCAGCGGCUCUCGCCUUCGAAGCUUCGCCAUCAACGACCUGCUGGGCUUGGAGGCGGACUUGCCAACUCCGGCAGGACCCGGGUUAGGAUCCAGCUGUGAAGCUCCCGCGGAGGCUGCGGGGCCCAGGCCAGGACUCUGCGGUUCCUGUCCUGCUCGCGGGGCUCUCCCGCUGGGGCUGGGCCUCCUCUGCGGCUUCGGGGCGCAACCCCCCUCCGCGGCUGCUGCUCGUGCGCGCUGCCUGCUCCUCGCCGAUCUGAGGCUCCUGCCACCCGCAGGACCGGAGUCUGCGGUCGCCCAGACCCCCGUCCACCUGCCGCCUGCGCCCGGCUGCCCGCAGCGCAGUGAGAGCGUCUCCACGUCGGAUGGGGACAGUCCAUCUGAAGAAAAGAGUGACCUGAAGAUGUCCCCUACCCCGGGCAAGAGGAAGAAACGGAGGCACAGGACAGUUUUCACUGCCCAUCAACUAGAAGAACUGGAGAAGGCAUUUGGUGAGGCUCACUACCCUGACGUGUAUGCCCGGGAAAUGCUGGCUGUGAAAACUGAGCUCCCUGAAGACCGAAUACAGGUCUGGUUCCAGAACCGGAGGGCCAAGUGGCGUAAGCGAGAGAAGCGCUGGGGCGGCAGCAGCGUGAUGGCUGAGUACGGACUCUACGGGGCCAUGGUGCGCCACUGCAUCCCACUGCCAGAUUCGGUGCUCAACUCCGCGGACAGCCCGCACGGCUCCUGUGCGCCUUGGCUUCUGGGAAUGCAUAAAAAGUCGACAGGGAUGAGAAAACCAGAAAGUGAAGACAAGUUAGCAGGACUCUGGGGUUUUGACCACCUCAAAGAAGGUGCUAAAAAGGAUGGACCUGAAAGGGGCCCAGACAAAACAAGCCUGAACCCUGAGGAUAGCUUGGAAGAUGAGGCCAUUGACCUGUCCAGCUCUUCCAGGCAGGAGACAAAGAAAAUGCCCCCGGAAUCCAGUGAUCAGGCAUGUUCCCAUGCUCCAGGGCUGCAGGUGCCCCAGCCCCCAAAGGUGGGAGCCUCAUGAGACCAACAGAUUUGCCCCUCCCCAAAAAUGGAAAUAUGCAUAUUUCUCACGAGCAAUUUUUAGGAGAUAAGACUGGUCAAGACAAACACCUUCAGUUUGAUUUUCUUCCUGAAACAUCUGGAUAAGAGGCAGCAUUACAAUAUUGAAUAUAUAUAAUGAUCUAGGGGAAGUUCCAUUUAAUUCUAGAAGGGAGAACAUUUGUACAAUCUCUUGAAUCACUCAGUUUGGUAUAAAAUUUUGUUUCUCCUUUGUAGAAUUUGAGUAGGGAAGAUCUGAAGUUCAAAGAUAAUUUUAGGGAUGGGGUAGGAUGUAGCCCAGUUGAUAGCACACAUGAAGGCCUGUGGUCAAUCCCCAGCACCACAUAAACAGAUGUGGUGGCACACACCUGUAAUCCCUGCACUCAGGAGGUAGAAACAAGGGAUCAGAUGUUCAAGAGCAUCCCAAUCAACCUGGGCUAUGCAAGACCUUAGAGAGAGAGUAUUUCUACCUGCAUCAUUUGAGAUGUGGUUAAAUCAUUAAGAGUGCUGGUCUGACCACUUCACUCUAAGAACAUUUGGAUUUAUUUGGUUUUGUUGAGAUAGGCAGGGUCUUGCUGUGCAGCCCAGGCUA